AUGCUCACACCCCUUCUUCAGCUUCAGCAACUCUUCUUGCAUUAUCCCACAGUACUUCACAACGUCCUCGAACAUCGGCUCAACUACUCGAGCCGGGACUAUUUCCUCCGUGGGUUGCUGCUGUUCAUUCAACGCGGCGAGCUCGGCGCGAAGCGCAUCUCGUUCAUUCGUCAAUGCGGCAUUUUCGGCAUGGAUGGCAGCGUAGGCGUCUCUCAGUUGACGCUCCGUCUCGAUUAUCAUGCCGUUGGGUGUGGAGGUAUCGCAGCCGGCGAGGAGCUUGUUGGUUCUGGGGGGGCUGGUGGUUAG